UUUUGGAAAUAAAAAUCAGGUGCCGAGCGGCCCAACCCCGUCGCUCCGUCGCUCGUCUUCCUCCUCGAGCGAGCGCCGCCACCCCGUCCCGAUGCCGAGCGCCCCAGCCCCGUAGCUCGUCUCCCUCCCCAUCCCACUGCCGAGCGCCCCCGCUCCGUCGCUCGUCUCCCUCCUCGCGCCACCAGAUCUAGCUUGGGCUCAAUGCCAACUAUUUCUGAUCACAAGAGACAGACCUUAGAAGCCAUUCAACAACGGUAUGCAGCAGCUAAAGCUAAGCAACUGCAAGGUGAACAGCUUAAACUUCAGCAGAACAAAGAUUGUACCCCCAAGCCCAAGUUUGAUCCACAGAGGAAACUCAAAACUCCUGAAUCCACUCCAUGUCAAACUUCUGCCCAGCUCCCUAUGCUUAAAGCUCAAGCAACUUCCAGUCAUAAACAAAAACCUUCUGCUUCUUCAGGUGAAGAAACCAAUCCUAUAUACUCUGAACUUUCAUUUGCUCUUCAUGGAUCUCGAUAGCACAGAUUUAGUUCAGAGUGCUCUUUAUGAUAUAAUUCAGAAAGGCGGGGCUGGGAAAAUUACCAAAGGAGCAAAAAAGUUAAAGCUGGAAAAAGGGAUUCUUUUGGAUAACUAUGUCCAGAGGGGUCCUAGGCUAGUGGAUGCGCAAUCACGAUCUUUGUUGAUUCAUUCAAAGAGAUCAAAACGACACAUGUCACUGAAGCAGCAUAAGAAAUGUGGGUCAUUUCAUUUACAUGAUACAUUCCACAGGUUUGACCUCUAUAAGCCAAUGCAUGAAAUGUGGAAAGAGUAUAUGCGAGAGCUUACCAAAAGUACCCCGAAAAAGCAAUUGGCUGAAUCCCUCCUUUCAUCAGAUCUUCAUGGGGCCCUUCUAAUAGUGGCCCAGUGCAAAGCUGCUUUAUAUGAAGGUGUAAGUGGCAUCAUGAUUUGUGACACUGCAGAAACUUUUGGAAUUAUAUCAGAGGAUAACCACUUUCGAGUUGUACCAAAAGCUGGGUCAGUUUUCGUCCUCCAAGCUGAUUGUUGGAAGGUUACACUGAUGGGCGACAAACUCUCACCCAAGGAGACGUUGAAGGAGAACCAGCGCCAGCAGCGUGCACAGUCACUGAUCAGAUAGAGCUUCCAGUCUGUUGUUAGACUGCUGUUCUAACAAAUUUUGCCCAAAAGGAAUCUGUACAGUUUUCAUUGCUCAGUUCCUGUCACAUAGGCUUAAUUGCAAUAUAUCCCUUCGAGGUCACUCAGUUCUUCUUGCUUCAAGAGUUUCUUUAAUGUUUGAACGAGCUUCUCGGGCGGGUUGCAUCCCUGUGGAACCGAAGCAUCCGUGACCAGUCCAUUUUGUGUACUCUCUCCGACCUCUAAAAAGUGUCGUCCAUUUUGUAAUAAGUCACACUUUUUAUGGGUUGGAAGGAGUAAUUCAAAGGGCGUGAUUGGUGGCUAA